GACAAGCACGACCUUACUUGAACAGGAUCUGUUCUAUAGGUUGUACUACUGAAUCCUUAAUCCUAAGGAGACAGAGAUCAAAAUCUGGAGGAGGACACAUGACCUCUCGACCUGAGCGUGAAAGCUGCGUGGGUGCCGUCUCCUCGGGGGCGGUAGUCGAGCGGAGGAUCGUUUCGUGGCCGACUUCGGUCGACUAUGGAUGGUCUUGAGGUUGUCUGACAGACCCCAACCCUUUUUAUCAAUUUUUUUUUCUUAAAAAUUGCCUUUUUCUCCAGAUUUCCUCCUCCCUGCACGCUCCAUUUUCGCCUGUAUCUAGUUCCCCCCAACUCCGCCUCCGUGGCGGAAACCCUCGACUCGCAGGUUCUCGCCACCGCCCAUCAGCUUUUUAUUUCUCUCUUUUAGUCCUCUUUAGUUGUAGAUCUCCUUCGCCUUUUCUUUUCCUGUAAAAUCGGGUACUGGGACUUUGUUAGCAGUGUGGUUCAUUAGGGUUCUGGUCGAGUGCACGGGUGAAACUCCUCUUUGGAUAAGCAGUGCGGCCUAUCUCCGUUUAGGUCGAACACUGGGCAAAAAAUAUCUUUUGGGUGGCGAAGCUAGGGCACGGAGCUCCCGCGGUCGCAGCAGAUUAGGUCUUUCUAUCUCUCCCUCGAAUAUGAGGACAAGUGAUCACAGCGAUGGGGACGACAGCGAACACGAUGCAACUCAUGGAAAGAAGACGAGGGGUGGAGGAGACCGUGAAGCUGCUGACAGUGGAGGAAGGCGGAGGUCGGAGGUGUACAGGGAAAAGCAUGACGACGGCCGAGAAGAGCAUGACGCUAGCGAGAGAAGAAGGCGCCAGCGUGGCGAUUCUAGUGCAGAUGAGGAGAGGGAUGCUUCGAGAUAUAGAAGCCGUAGAGAAAGGGUGGAAAGGGCAGAUGUGAAGCGUGACGAUUUGGAUGAGGUGAGAAGAAGGGAGUAUAUUGAAAAUUCCGGUGAGGGCAAGGACUCAGAUAGAGGGAGGCAGAGGCACAGGGAAAAGGAGAAGAUUUCAGAAGACGGGCGGGUUGGUGGUGCUGAUCGAGAGCAUGAGAGGUCGAGAAGAAGAGAUCGUCACGGUAAUUCAAGUGGGGAUGAGGGCAAAGAGAGGGAAAGAUGGGCGGGUAGAAGGACGGGUGAUGGUAAUAGUCGCAAUAAGGACCCUUAUGGGAGAAGGGACCGCCAUGAAAGCUCCGAGGAAGAAGAUGGUCAAGUGUUGCGAUCAAGAGAUCAUAGAGAAAAAGAGGGAAAAGCAAGUGGAAUGUCGGAUGAACGCGAUAAUGUUCAUGAAGGAAAUCAUAGAAGAAGGCAUCCGCAUGGAAACUCAGACGAAGAGGACAGGGAAAAGUUGCGAAUGAAGAGCCGGAAACGAAGGGAGGAAAUAUCGGAUAGAAGGCGCGAUAAGCGUGAUGAUGAUGAUGAUGAUUAUGGCGGCCGGAAAUUUGAUAGAGAGGGGAAAUAUGGUUAUGACAGGAAUAGAACUAGGAGCGAAGGAAGUCGACAUCGAAAUGAAGAAGAGAAAAGAGAUGGCAAUGUAAGGAAAGGAGAUGAUAGUGGUCUGGUUGAAAGAAGAUAUUCUGAUGAGAAGAAGAAGGUAAACAAUGUACAGCUUCAAAGUAAUGAUAAGCCGGCCAAUCCUACUGGGGCGAAUGUCGGACGAAGUGGCGGUAUCUAUAUACCACCAUUCAAGCUGGCUCAGAUGAUGAAAAAUGUGGAGGAUAAGAGCAGCGAAGAGUAUCAAAGGUUGACAUGGGAGGCACUUCGUAAGAGCAUAAAUGGUCUCGUAAACAAAGUAAAUGCUUCUAACGUAAAGAAUAUCAUUCCGGAACUGUUUAGUGAGAAUCUCAUACGGGGAAGAGGCCUCUUUUGUAGGUCGUGUUUGAAAUCUCAGUUGGCAUCCCCUGGAUUUACGGAUGUGUUUGCUGCUUUGGUUGCGGUUGUCAACACCAAAUUUCCCGAAGUUGGUAAACUGCUGUUAAAAAGAAUCAUUUUGCGUCUGAAGAGGGCAUACAAGCGGAGUGAUAAGCCACUGUUGCUUGCUGCAAUCAAAUUCAUUGCGCAUCUUGUAAAUCAACAAGUUGCUCACGAAAUUAUUGCUUUGGAAUUGCUGACUGUGCUUUUAGAGAAACCCACCGAUGACAGUGUAGAGGUGACAGUUGGAUUUGUCAAAGAAUGCGGGUCUUUGCUGCAAGAUCUUUCACCCCAGGGCCUUCAUGGUAUUUUUGAACGUUUAAGGGGAAUCUUGCAUGAAGGAGAAAUUGAUAAAAGGGUUCAGUUCUUGAUUGAAGGCCUUUUUGCUAUACGGAAAGCUAAAUUUCAGGGAUAUCCUGCCGUGCGGCCAGAAUUGGAUCUAGUGGAGCAGGAAGAUCAGUUUACGCAUGAGUUUUCACUUGAAGAUGAGAUUGAUGGUGAAGAAGGCCUAGAUAUUUUUAAAUAUGAUCCCCAGUUUCUGGAACAUGAAAAAGCAUAUGAGAACUUGAAGAGAGAAAUCCUUGGUGAAGAGUCCUCUGAUGAAGAAGCAGGCUCUGAAGCGCUCUCUGAUGAUGAAGAAGAUGAUGAUGAUGAAUCUGAUGAAGAGGACGAAAAUAAUUUGCAAAUUGCGGAUGAAACUGAGACAAACCUUGUUAACUUGAGGAGGACAAUUUACCUCACAAUCAUGUCCAGUGUUGAUUUUGAGGAAGCUGGUCACAAACUAUUGAAAAUUAAACUUCAGCCUGGUCAAGAAAUGGAGCUGUGUAUUAUGCUUCUAGAGUGUUGCAGUCAGGAAAGGACAUACCUGCGUUUCUAUGGCCUCCUGGGCCAAAGGUUCUGCAUGAUCAACAAAGUGCACCAGGAGAACUUCGAAAAGUGCUUUGUGCAGCAGUAUUCUAUGAUCCACCGCCUUGAAACAAAUAAGCUGCGUAAUGUGGCCAAAUUCUUCGCACAUCUCCUUGGCACAUUUGCAUUACCUUGGCAUGUUUUGGCUUACAUCCGUCUGACGGAGGAGGACACAACUUCAUCGUCUCGGAUAUUCAUCAAAAUCCUAUUUCAGGAGUUGGCUGAGCAACUUGGAAUCCGGAUGCUUAAUGAAAAAUUAAGUGAUCCAACGAUGCAAGAUUCCUUCGAGUCUAUCUUUCCCAGGGAUAAUCCCAAAAACACCCGAUUCUCUAUCAAUUUCUUUACAUCUAUUGGUCUGGGUGGUAUCACAGAGAAUUUGCGUCAAUAUUUGAAAGAUAUGCCACGCCUUAUUAUGCAGCAGCAGAAGCCAGAAUCGGGCCCAGAGGAUUCUUCAGAUAAAUCUGAUGAAAGCGGGAGUUCCAGUGCAUCUGAAUCGGAUGAUGCCGAGUCUUCAUCUGAAUCGGAGACCGAGAGUGACAAUGAUAGGAAGCGCAGAAAGCCAAAAAAUGAUAGUGAUAGUGAAAGUGAAAGGAAAAGUAAGAGCCGUAAGCGGAGACAGAAGUCCGAAGAUGAGACAGAUAGUGAUAGCAGUGAAAAAAGACGACGGCAUGGCAAACGGAGACAAAAGCAUUAGAAAGAAAGCUUUUACCUUUCAUCAAGCAGGUUGCACUACCAUGUGCCAUCAUGGAUAGGCAGUCCCAGAGAGGUGUCCAUGUAGAGGGCGACGAUGGGGUUAGCCAUUUAAAUUGGUCCCGCCCAUCUGUGAGAUAGGGGGUACUCUUUGAUAUUAAACUGUGGUCUUCGAGUUUGACAGGAUGAUUGGUUCCAGUUUCUGUUGUUGUUUUUUUUCUGUACAAGGGAGGUUUGGUGUUCCCUUUAUUCCUGUAGUGAAGGCUUUGACAUGUGAGCCACUUUUUGCACCAGGGAUGCUUAAUGAGGCGGGGGAGACCUCUUUGUUCGACUGUAAUGGUCCAGCUCCUGAACUAUGGAUGGCCUGAAUUUUUGUAGGGGGAAUUGAAGAGAAACGUUAUUACUGAUUUUCCAGACUGGUAUCGAUGGAGAGGCUUCGUCGGCCGUAUUUAUAUGUUUAACUGAUACUUGUAUUUCCCAUGAUAUUAAUUUGGUUACGUCAGUUGCUGAAUUGGCAAGUGAAUAUAUGGAGGAAAUCUUGGAAUCGUUCAUUUUGUAAAA